UUGUAAACCUGGAAGUACCUGACUGUAACUCUAUGGCCCAGUGGUCUUACUUCUCCCAAUGACUGAGGUGAGGUGGGAAAUGUCUCUCUCCUCGGUGCCCGGCUUCACCGUUGCCCGCCUGCUUUCAUCUCUGCUCGUGUUCAUCCUCACCCACUUCCACUUACACUUACACCCCACAUCAGGGUACUUUGUACAUUCGUGAUUCACUUUCUUCACUUUCGGUCGCCUAGAAUCCGCCAGCCUCCCGUUUACUGUUUCCCAAGCGGCGGCUUCGACCUAAACUUAGAGACACAGCGUCCGGUGCCGUCCUUUCACCAUUUUCUGCUUCCUUGGCCUCCCACUUGCCCAGUGCGCUAGUUUCUUUCUUCCAUCCCUCUAGCCUUUCCCUAAUUUCUAUAUUUGGGACAUCUUCCUCGGAUCACCGUCCGUGGUUGUUUACUCGUCUUGUGUUACCUCAACCUUACCUUACUUCUCAACGUCGAUAUCUACCCUUGCUCCCGCUCUUUUUCUGCAGCAAGUUUGACUUCAACGACAAUCACUCACAGCCUCACCCUCGCCAUCGCCCUCCUCCUCCUUCUCACAUCUCUUCCAUAAUCGCAACUCAAGAUGAUGCGCUACGCAGCUCUGACCCUGGCCGCUGCUGGCCUGGCUUCUGCCCAGACCUUUUCCGCUUGCAACCCCGUCAAGGGCGACACAUGCCCUGCCAACACCGCUUUUGGCGGCGAAGCCAGCUAUGACUUCCGCACCUCCAAGAACAUGAAUGACCUCGAGUCCUUCUUCAUCGUCGACGGCGGCAUCAAGUACAACCCCAAAGUCCUGUCAUUCUCCGCCGACACGGGCUGCGAGAUGACCAUCUUCGAGGAGAGCAACGCCCCGACCCUCACCUCAAAGAACUACCUCUUCUUCGGCAAGGUCGAGGUCGAACUGCAGGCCGCUCCCGGUCGCGGCAUUGUCACUAGCAUUGUCCUGCAGUCUGACGCCCUGGACGAGAUCGAUUGGGAGUUUGUUGGCGCCGACCAGACCCACGUCCAGACCAACUUCUACGCCCUCGGCGUCAACGACUACACCCGCGCUCGCUACUACGAGGUCCCCUUCAACCCAAUGACCAGCUUCCACACCUACACCAUUGAGUGGACCAAGGAGUCCAUCGUCUUCUCCAUUGACGGAAAGGUCUACCGCACCGCCACCCCCGCCGAGGGCAACUACCCGCAAACUCCUAUGCAGCUGAAGCUCGGAACCUGGGUGGGUGGAAAGGGCACUGCUCAGGGCACCAUCGACUGGGCUGGUGGUCUCGCCCAAUGGGAUCAGGCUCCCUUUGCCGGUCACUACCGCUCCCUCAAGGUCUGGGACUACGCUGGUGGUGACAAGGCUGGUGCCAAGCAGUACGAGUAUUCCAAGGGCUCCGACGGCAAGUGGCAGAGCAUCCAGAUCAUCGGCGCCGGCGAGAAGAGCGGCAGCCCUGGCAGUGUCGGCAAUGUCGCCAGCCCCAAGCCGGAAAAGUCCAGCGACAAGGACGACAAGAACAAGGCCCAGCAGUCCGAUGCCCCGACACAGAGUGCUAAGAACACCACCACCGUCGUCCAGACUCCCACCACCAGCGCCCCGGUCGCGUCCUUGACUGUCGCCGCCAACACCACGACCACUCAUGCUAACGGCACGUCAUCGACCCUGACGAGACUGGUCUCUACCUCUGGAUCUCCCACCGGAUCUGUCAACGCCCAGACAACUCUUCCCUCCACAACUAGCGGCACUCCCGCUCGAACAAGCGCACCGGCGCCCGCUGCUGCGUCCACUCUGAAGAGCAGCUUCUUCGUUGCUGGUAUCGCGGCCUUGUUCGCUGCCAUGAUGCUGUAAUCGGAUCGCAAUCACGAUCGGUCAGCUUUGCCUGCGUCUUCCAUCUGUGCAUAUGUUUCGGAAGGCGGGCGUGUAUGUAUGUAAUUAUGUAUAAUGAAAAGGGACAGGGGCGUAUUGGCAUCGGAAGCCAGGCUUGCUUAUAGAUUGCUCUACUAAUAAUACCACUUUGACUACA